CUCACACACAUACAAAAUAUUGAGUCAUAAUGGCGAAUACUGGCCAUUAUAUAGAUCGGAAUCCGACUUUGCGCGCUGCUGGCGUCUCAACAAACUUGGAUGACUUUAAAACCCAAGAUUGCCUCACAAUCAGCCACAUUGAAGAAAAGGCAGAGCAUCUGAUCCAAGCAGAAUGCAGGCGCAAAAGAAGAGAGAACGCUCCGCUGCUAAUGAAGCUUUCACCAAUAAUGCCAAACAACAAUAUGGAGGAAAUAUUUUCAGGUUCACUGACUAAAUCGCGUUUUCUCGCGUUCAAGGAGAAGUUUACAGAGGACAUGUACUUAAAAAAGUCCAAGGUGGGCCGUGUUAAGCCAGCCUUUUCGAAGCCUAACGACGUGAAUAAUGUUAACUACACAUUUGGGCAUCCACCGGGCCCAUCAGAGCCGUUAUAUACCACAAUUUUGCCCCAAAAAUCGGCUGAACAGGUAAACCGCGAGUACGGCGAAUUCCAUGAACAGCAUUUAAUCAGUCACAACCAUUAUUGGCCAGCAGAGCAGAUCAAUCGCAAAUACACAAAGCCUUUCAAUCGUAUGGGUACAUUCGGAAAACUGGGUUGCACUGGAGACAACGGUCUAAAGACAAAGCGAUGCAUGCAACAAUGUGACCAUUGGAUAAUUGUGAGCAAACCUCAAAUGGACUACAUAGAUCGCUCGCAUAGUCGCAUGGGCAAGAAACUCAAAAGCUAUCCGUACGAUAUUCCACCUGGUAUCACCCACGGCACUGCCAGUGUUCCUUCCGUCUGCGAUUGCAAAAUGCUGAUUGAAAAUAUCGAUCCUUGCGUUAACAAUAAGAAACUUAUCGAUGCUCUGGGUCAUUUAAAUAAGUGGCGCCACAAGUUGCAGGAGUGCCCUGAUUUUGAAAUGUUCGAUUUGAUUUCGGUGCUCGAGCGGGACGACAAGGACCGUACCGGAUAUCUUCCGCUGAAAAGAAUUUUCAAUAUUAUGCGCAAAAUGCAUCUGCGGAUUGACGAUGAGAAGAUGCGCAUCGCUAUGUCAAAUUUCAAGCUAAUAUUGGACGAGGGCUGUGCCACAGAGCGGAUCAACUAUCGAGAGUUUUGUCGCCUCUUGUCGCUCCAGGAACCGCUGCCAACACUUGGCAAUAUUUACACAAUUCCCAUUAAUUUUUACAACAAGGAUACUACCUAUCGUUUGCUCUGCUCCGAUCUCAAAAGGAAGCCCAACGAGAGCCCCCGGAAGCUAAAACCGGUUAAGGAUGAGAAGCAUGACGAUGACCAUACACGAGCCAAACACCUUAUAGCGCCAAACAUCGCUACCUUAUUGGGCCUCGGGCUGAGUGAUUUCGAAAAGUUGCGGGAGAGAGAGCAAUUAGAACGUAUUUUUAAGGAAAUUGUUGACAAAGACGGCUUUGAAACUAUCUGGGAGGAUCUAAAGAGGCAGCAUUAUGAUCAGAAUGAACUUUUUUCUGUUCAGCAAUUUCGCGAAACCAUGAAAACCAAACAGCUUUUCGCUUCGCCGACUUUGCCAAAAUAGAAAAUUCAUAUUUUUUUGUUUACACAGUUACGUUUAUGUUUAAUUAAAGAUGUUAAAAGUAAA